CGAGGGCCGGGAGGACGCCUACACUUUCUCUUCCUGGCGGUAGAUAUAAAAGGGGGAGAGUUGCAGCUUCGGACAGCAACGGGAUUAGAGACCCAAAUUCGGGAGGACCCUCCACUCUCCACACUGUUGCUUUAAGAAGCCUUGCUCAUCCAGUGAGGAUACGAUGGUCACGCUGAAGCUAUCCUCCUUUCUGGCUGUCUAUGCCUUGAUCGUCUGCCAGAUGGACAGUUUCCAGGCAGCUCCGCUCAGACCGGGGUUUGAGUCUAUCGCAGACCGAGUGACCCUGAAUGACGAUGAAGCCAGACGAUUGCUAAACGCCCUGGUGAAAGAGUUCGUACAGAUGAAAACAGAAGAGCUGGAGCAAAUGACUGAGGGGGACAGCGUUUCAACCCAGAAGAGAGCUUGCAAUACGGCAACCUGCGUCACCCAUCGCCUGGCGGAUUUCCUGAGCAGGUCAGGCGGCGUGGGCAAGAACAACUUCGUACCUACCAAUGUGGGAUCCAAAGCAUUUGGCAGGCGACGGAGAGAUGUGCAAAUGUAAGCUCCUGAGCAACCCCCGGAAAAUGAUUGCCAUGAAAUUGAUUUCUCAACUUCCUUUAAUUUCUACUGAAAGCAACUUUCCUCCAUAAACCAAGAAGGCCAAACAGAAGAGCCACCUUUUUGCAUCCUUCUAGAUAUUGAAAAGUGUUUCUUUUUUUCGGGACAAAGCACUUCUGUUAGGUAUAGUUCCGAAGAAGCUAAUUAUUGUAUAUUCUUUUUAUAUGCGAUGCUACUUCAAAUAAAAUGUGAGCGCGUUGAUUGUUUCUCGAUCUCGGAGCAUAUAUGUGCAAUGUGGCCCACACUAUAUACCUUGGCACCACUGCCGGAUCUCGGGGAUCAGUCAAGCGACCCUAUUUAUUGAACGCUCACUGUGUGCAGAGCACUGCACUGAGCGCUUGCACUGUACUAAGUGCUCGAUCCCACCAAAUCGCGGCCGGUCAGGGUGUAUCUGUAAAAUAUGGUGUGCUGUGCCUUGAUGUAAAACGGUUCCAGAACAUGACUGUACAGUAUGUUUAAAAAUCUUCAAUAUUGUAUCAUUUGUGAAUUUC